CGCGGAUCUGCGCGGCGGUCCCGCCCUCCCGUCCCGCUCCUGGGCAGCCCUGCGCCUCACCAUGGCGUUGACUUGCUGCACCGCGCGUCCGAAGUUGGUAGCCUGGAAGCCGGUGGUGCCGAAGGCCUCCAGAAGACUGCCUGAUACCAUGUGUGGAUGGAGAACUGCACAUCUGGGAUUGGCGUGAAGAAGGAAGGGCAAAGUGGCUGGAUUCCCAGAUGUCCAGCAAAGUGGCCACUGGCAGUGACAUCGGACAGGCCCGCCGGGCGGUAGAGCAACUGCGGAUGGAGGCGGGCAUCAACCGCAUACAGGUGUCCAAGGCAGCCACAGAUUUGCUGCAGUUCUGCACAGAGCAGGCCAAGAGCGACCCUUUCCUUGUGGGCAUCCCAGCUGCCACCAACCCUUUCAAGGAAAAGAAGCCCUGUGCUAUCCUAUGAACCCAUAAUAAUGCUACUGCCCCAUGACCCUGGAUACCACAGGAAGAAGGGCCUCAAUAAACAUGAUUGCUCCUGUGUUA